AUGAAAUCAAACUCCAGAGUCCAAAAACAGUCUGAAGUUGUCGAUGAAAAAACUAAAGUAAUCCAGUCUGUUGUAAAUUUUUAUUUUUUGGAGUCUUGUGGAGGUCGUUUCAAGAUUUCCUAUUUGUUCCGUCCUUAUCUCUAUUUGGAAACUGUUCCAGGAAGUGAAUUUGCUGUAGCUGAAUUUCUUUCGAGAAAAUAUCACUUUGUUCAAGUUGAACAUGUUGAGAAGGAAAAUCUCGAUUUGAAAAAUCACCUUUCUGGACUUAAAAGCAAAUAUCUUCGUGUCUCAUUUCCCAGUACAGUUGAACAUGUUCAAUUUCGUCGAGAUCUGUUUCCACAAAUUCGUAAAAAUCAAAAAACAAAGGAAAAGUCAACUGAAUACACAACACUAUUGGCAGAAUAUAUGGAAGAAGGAAAGGGUGAUAAAUAUGCAGAUGUUAGCCCUCUAGAGCAGAUUAUGGAUAUUCGUGAAUAUGAUUUGCCUUUUGAUAUGCGUGUUUGUAUUGAUGGACGCUUCUUUGUUGGGCAUUGGUAUACAGUUGUGGGACUUGAUUUGGCUACUCAAAAGCCGUUAAUUGAAUUAAACUCGUCUUUAGUUGAACCGCCAGAGCCAAUUAUUUGUGCCUUUGAUAUAGAAACAACUAAAGCUCCGCUUAAAUUCCCUGAUGCUUCAGAAGAUCAAAUUAUGAUGAUUUCCUAUAUGAUUGAUGGUUCUGGCUUUUUAAUAGUAAAUAGACAAAUAAUUUCUGAAGAUAUUGACAAUUUUGAAUAUACACCUAAACCUGAAUUUGUUGGGGAAUUUGUUGUUUUUAAUGAAGAAAAUGAACAAAAAUUGUUGUUGAGAUUUUUUGAUCAUUUACUAAAAAUUAAACCUGCAAUUAUGGUUACUUAUAAUGGAGAUUUUUUUGAUUGGCCUUUUGUUGAUGCUCGUGCAAACUUUCACGGAAUAAAUAUAAACAAAUAUUUGGGUUUUUAUAAAGAUUCACAAGAUGAAUAUAAACAUUUUAAUUGUGUACAUAUGGAUGCUUUUAGUUAUCUUCCAAUGGGUUCACAAUCGUUAAAAGCUGCAACUAGAGAAAAAUUGCGUUAUGAUCCUAUUGAAUUGGAUCCAGAAGAAAUGGUCCCAAUGGCAAAAAAUCAACCAAAAGUUUUGGCAAAUUAUUCAGUUUCUGAUGCUGUUUCAACUUAUUAUUUAUAUACAAAAUAUGUUCAUCCGUUUAUUUUUGCUUUGUGUACAAUUAUUCCUUUGUCUCCAGAUGAUGUAUUGCGUAAAGGUUCAGGAACAUUAUGUGAAGCUUUGUUAAUGGUUCAAGCAUUCCACAGCAAUAUAAUAUUUCCAAAUAAACAAGUAAUUAAAGAAAAUAAAAUGACUUUGGAUGGACAUUUAAUUGAUAGUGAAACUUAUGUUGGUGGGCAUGUUGAGGCUAUUGAAUCUGGAGUUUUUAGAGCUGAUAUAGCUUGUAGAUUUAAAUUGGACGUUGAAGCAUUGGAACAAUUAAAGGAAGAAGUUCGUCCAACAUUAGAACAUUCAUUUUGUAAUGAUGCAAAAAUAUUAUUAUCGGAAGUUUUAAAUUUUGAAUCAAUUUGUGAACAAAUUGAACAAUCAUUGGAUGCAUUAAUUGAAAAACCUUUAAGAACAGAACAUCCAGAACUUUACCAUUUGGAUGUUGGGGCGAUGUAUCCGAAUAUUAUUUUGACUAAUAGACUUCAGCCUCCAGCAGUUGUAAACGAAGAACAAUGUAUGGCUUGUAUUCAUAAUGCACCUGAUGCUAAAUGUAAAAGAAAAAUGGAUUGGGUUUGGAGAGGAGAGUGUAUUCCCGCCUCUAAAGGAGAAUAUGACAGGCUUAUGAUGCAAUUAGAACAAGAGAGAUUUGGAAAGCCACCAAGGCCAUUUAAUGCUUUACCUAAAGAAGAAAGAUUAAAAAUUUCUAAAAAGAGAAUUACAGAAUAUUGCAAAACUGCUUAUAAAAGGUUGCAUGAUACAAAAAUAGAGCAAAGAAAUACAACAAUAUGUCAACGGGAACACUCUUUUUAUGUAGAUACUGUUAGAGCUUUUAGAGAUCGACGUUAUGAGUAUAAGGAAAUGCAUAAGAAAGCAAAAGCUUCAGUAGAAGCAAUUCCCUCAAGUCAUUUGGCUGAUCGUAAAUCUGCACAAUCUAGAGUUAUACUUUAUGAUUCACUUCAAAUGGCACACAAAUGUAUUUUAAAUUCUUUUUAUGGUUAUGUUAUGAGAAAAGGAUCUAGAUGGUUUUCUAUGGAAAUGGCUGGGAUUGUAUGCCAUACAGGUGCUAAUAUAAUUCGCGAAGCGCGUCAAUUAAUUGAACGUAUUGGUAGACCAUUAGAGUUAGAUACAGAUGGAAUUUGGUGUUUACUUCCAAGCUCGUUUCCUCAAAAUUUUGUUUUCGAAACUUUGAAUGGCAAAAAAAUUAAAAUUUCUUACCCAGCCGCUGUUUUAAAUGCUUUGGUUAAAGAUCGAUUUACAAAUGAGCAAUAUCAUACAAUUAUUGAUGAUGGGGAAUGUAUAAUAUCUAGUGAAAAUUCUAUUUUCUUUGAGGUUGACGGUCCUUAUUAUGCAAUGAUAUUACCAGCUUCCAAGGAGGAAGGAAAAAAGCUUAAAAAACGUUAUGCCGUCUUUAAUUUUGACAAAACUUUGGCUGAAUUAAAAGGAUUUGAAGUUAAAAGACGUGGAGAAUUGGCAAUAAUAAAAUAUUUCCAAACCGAAGUUUUUAAAUGCUUUUUGAAAGGCUCUACAUUAGAAGAAAUUUACUCAAAUGUAGCUUUAGAAGCAAAUUAUUGGCUUUCUAUACUUUAUGAUCAAGGAAGAGCUUUAUCUUUGAGUGAAUUAUUUGAAUUAAUUGGUGAAAGUAAAAAUAUGAGUAGAGCUUUGGAAGAUUAUGGAAGUCAAAAAUCAACAUCUAUUACAACUGCUAAAAGAUUGGCUGAGUUUCUUGGUGAAGGAAUGGUCAAAAACCGUGGAUUGGCUUGUAAAUUUAUUGUUUCUCGAUUUCCAAUUGACGAACCUGUGACGGAAAGAACCAUCCCUCAAGCUAUUUUCGAUUCCGAACCAAACAUUAGAAGUAGAUUUUUGAGGCGUUGGACAAAAUGUACACAUUUGGAUUUUGCUGAUGAAAAUGUUUUUAGAGAGUUAAUAGAUUGGCAAUAUUAUAUUGAACGUCUCAACAGUUGUAUUCAAAAAAUUGUAACGAUUCCAGCAGCUUUACAAGGAUUGCCUAAUCCAGUACCUAAAGUUCCACAUCCACAAUGGUUAGAAAAUAAAAGGAAAGAACGUGUUGAAAUGCAUAUACAACCAAGAAUAACUGAUUUAUUUAAGUCAAUUCCUACAAAUACACCAAAAAGUAAUAAAACAAAAAGUCUUCAAUCAACCCCUUGGUCUCUAAAAAGUAAAAAAUCAACAACAACAACAAAUAUUGAACAAAGUCGAAAAUCACUUUUUGGAAAAGAAAAGGAGAAUAAGGAAGAUGAUAAAUUGUUACAAAUUUUGAAUGAAGUUGAUGAUAUUGGUUGGUUUGAAAAUCAACCAUCUACAAGUACUUUAAUUGAAAAACAACAAGUUUCUACUACUACAAUAAUUCAACAAAAUGAAGAAAUUAUUGAAAUUGAUGAACAAGAGAUUAAUAUAGUGGAAAUAACACAACAACAAAAACAGCAAACCGUUAAGAAAAAUAAAAAACCAGAAAAAUCAAAAAUGGUGAAACAACGGGAAGCUAAACGUUUGGCUAUUUCACAACAUUUUUUCAGACGUUUAAAUAGAGCUGAUUAUGAUUUGAAUAAACAAAGUUUGGUUAAAAAGACUUGGAAAGAAAAUGGAUUUAGUCAAUGGUUAAAUUAUCUUAAAGACUUGUGGCGUUUUCAAUAUUUGGCAAGAAAAAGAGAGGAAGAAACUUUGGAAGCAGACAAUUCACUUGCAAAUAUCCCUUCAACAAGUACAGCAAUAUUGGGGGGAGGGCCUGUAGUUAAGCGAAAACAUUGUUGGCAAAUUAUUCAGAUUUUAGAAACCAAAUUUCCUGGUCAAUUUACACUAUUUGCUUUAGUAGAUGAUAUAAUUAGACGAAUUAAUUUAAUUGUUCCUCGAACAGUUUAUGUCGACGAUAUUGAAAUAAGACAAAAUUCAAUUGGCCAAUUGGUACAAAAAUUGUUACCACGACAAAGGCCUUCAGCUAAUUUAUAUGAAUUUUGUAUUGAUGAAGCUGUUUUUUCUACUAAAAUGAUUGAUUUAAAUGUGCAAAUGUGUUUAAUGAGAAUUAAUGGAAUUUAUGAAACAAAAAUACCUUUAAUGUUUAAAACAAUAUUUCAUAGUGGUGUAAAUUGUAAUAUUGAUGGGAAAAAUUUUAAUAAUGAAUUGAGUUUGGAACAAAUUAAUAAGGUUGUUAAAUUUAAUUUUAAAAAAUUUGAGAAAUUUUUGGAGAAUCUUUAA